AGUACUCAGUCAUCUAUAUUAAAGGCCUGCUGACUGACUGCUCAGCUCUUACUGCUGUUACUGCCAGGAAGAGGGUGUGGACUUAACUGGCUGGUUAAACAUUCCACCGCCUAAAUACAGAACCUUUCUCUCAUUCAACAGCAACUGACUCAGACCACAGAGGAAAGCUACGGGAUACUCUUCUAACUCCCCAGGAUACUCUUCUAACUCCCCAGGAUACGAUAACACCAUGGCUCCCCAGUUGUUGCCCUUGUUGUCUCUGGUCUCAACUCUCUACCUGGUGGCCCAGGGACAAGAGCAGCCUCAACCCAUACAGGAGGAACCCAUCACAGCGAAGAACAUCCAGCUUCUGGGUGGCUGGUUCAGCAGAGACCCAGAGAGCCUAGAGGUGCAGACCGCUGCUAAAGCUGCUGUGGACAACUUUAACGUCCAGUCUAAUGCCAGGAAAUUCUUCAGACUGAUCAAUGUCAUCUCUGCUGAGACUCAGGUGACUAACAUGAUCAACUACAGGCUCGAGGUGGUCAUCGGGAAGACCAAGUGCCUCAAGACAGAGCACGACUCAGAUGUGGAGUCCUGUGUUCUGGGGAAGAAGCGUCUGACAUGUACGUUUGACGUGUGGUUUAACCCUCGUAAUGAGAAGCACGAGAUCGCCACCUCCUCUUGCCAGAAGCAAGUCUGACUCCAGAUCUGUUUCUACCAACAACUACACGAUCUGUCCUCUUCCUCCUGUAAUAAGUAACACUGACUCCAGACCAGUCGUCACCGUCUACUGACUUCCUGAACAUGACUAUCUGCAGAGUUACGCCUAAAUGACAUGCUUCAUCAUUGAAUGACUUGACUUUUCAAAACUGCAUAGAUUUCUUUUAGGAUUUGUUGUGAUUUUGUUUCUAAUAAAACUCAUUUCAACUGACAUUA